UUGCGUAUACCUAUGACUUGGACAAAUAAACUUUUUUCUAUAAACCAGCUGUCAAUCUGUCAGUGGAAGUCAAAUAUCGUCAAAUAACAAACGGUGAUUUGCAAAAUUAACACUCCUUGUUUUUUCACUUUAUAAAUAAGAAUAUUAAUUCAUUUAAUAGUACCAUGGAUCGACUACUCAGGCUUGGUGGUGGAAUGCCCGGAUUGUCUCAGGCAGCCCCUGCUUCUGAUGCUCCUGUUGUAGAUACUGCAGAACAAGUUUAUAUUUCUUCAUUGGCCUUAUUAAAGAUGUUAAAGCAUGGAAGAGCAGGUGUACCCAUGGAAGUGAUGGGGCUCAUGCUGGGUGAAUUUGUUGAUGACUACACCGUUAGAGUAAUCGAUGUAUUUGCUAUGCCCCAAACUGGUACUGGUGUAAGUGUCGAAGCUGUGGAUCCUGUAUUUCAAGCAAAAAUGUUGGAUAUGCUUCGACAAACAGGCAGACCUGAAAUGGUUGUUGGCUGGUAUCAUUCCCAUCCUGGUUUUGGAUGCUGGCUUUCUGGAGUGGAUAUAAAUACGCAACAAUCAUUUGAAGCAUUGUCAGAAAGAGCUGUUGCAGUUGUUGUUGAUCCUAUCCAGUCUGUAAAAGGCAAGGUUGUUAUUGAUGCAUUCAGACUGAUAAAUCCUAAUAUGAUGGUACUAGGUCAGGAACCCAGACAAACCACAUCAAAUUUGGGACACCUUCAAAAACCUUCCGUCCAGGCUCUCAUUCAUGGUCUAAACCGUCAUUAUUAUUCAAUCAGUAUAAACUACAGGAAAAAUGAACUUGAACAAAAAAUGUUGCUUAAUUUACACAAAAAAUCUUGGAUGGAUGGCCUCACUUUGGCAGAUUAUUCAGAAAAUUGUAGUGUGAAUGAAAAAACCGUAUCAGAAAUGCUGGAACUGGCUAAAAAUUAUAACAAAGCCUUAGAGGAUGAGGAGAAAAUGACACCUGAACAGUUAGCAAUUAAAAAUGUUGGAAAACAGGACCCUAAAAGACAUUUGGAAGAGAAAGUUGAUGUACUUAUGACGAAUAAUAUUGUUCAGUGCUUAGGUUCAAUGUUGGACACUGUAGUGUUCAAUUAAUUUAUUAUUUUUACAAUAAAUUAUCAACAUAUUCAACUUCAUCAUUUUGAUUCAAUAGUUUUUCAUUUCACUUAUCGUUUGCUGCAAGUUAAACACUACAGUAGGCAAAAAUUACUCCAAUCUUCUAUUGGAACUCAUAAUAUUAAUUCAUUAAUUCUCAAAUGAACUAAAGUUUAUUUUCAAUGAGUAUGAAAAUAUUAAGAUAAAUAAGGAUUUUAUAAGAAUAAAAUUUCAAUGAUCUGUAAUAAAAAAACCAAAUGUCAA